AUGAGGAGUGCCAGCCCCUCGUGCCCCCAGCCUGCGACUGUGGGGUUCUGCGGGACCACGUCCUGCCCCCCCGCCUCCAUCUACCCCGUCCUGCUGGAGAGGCAGGACAGCCAGAGGGACAACGGUGGGACACCGGUGGAGGAGACCCCCCAAGUGUUCACCACCCCUGAGGGGCAGGCGCUGCGGGUCAGCCCCAUCCCUGGCACCCACCCCCUCCUCGUCUUCGUCAACCCCAAGAGUGGAGGGAAACAGGGGGAGAGGGUGCUCCGGAAGUUCCAGUACCUGCUCAACCCCCGGCAGGUUUACAACCUGCAGAAGGGAGGCCCCAUGCCCGGGCUGGAUUUCUUCCGGGACGUGCCGGAUUUUCGCGUCCUGGUGUGCGGGGGGGACGGCACCGUGGGCUGGAUCCUGGACGCCAUCGACAAAGCCAACCUGCCCCGCCGGCCGCCCGUGGCCGUGCUGCCCCUGGGCACCGGGAACGACCUGGCGCGCUGCCUGCGCUGGGGGGGAGGGUACGCGGGGCAGGACCUGGGCAGGAUCCUGUGGGAGCUGAAGAGCAGCACCGUGGUGCAGAUGGACCGGUGGGGGCUGGAGGUGCUGCCCCAGGACCCGGCGGCCGAGGGGG